AUGGGGGCGCCGCCGCCGCCGCCCAACGGCAGCCUCGGCCUCACGGGCAGCCCCCCGCGGCCCGGCGGGGGGGCGGGCGGCGCGGCGGGCGACCGCGGCUGCGAGAACGGGGCGCUCAUGGACAGCUUCGGCAUCUUCCUGCAGGGGCUCCUGGGCGUCGUGGCCUUCAGCACCCUCAUGCUAAAACGCUUCAGAGAACCAAAGCAUGAAAGACGUCCUUGGAAGAUAUGGUUUUUAGAUACUUCCAAGCAAGCCAUAGGGAUGUUGUUCAUCCACUUCGCAAAUGUGUAUCUAUCAGACCUUACAGAAGAAGACCCUUGUUCACUGUACCUUAUAAACUUCUUGUUAGAUGCCACAUUAGGAAUGCUGUUAAUCUAUGCCGGGAUUCGGGUAGUCAGCAGCAUUGUGGAGUGGCAGCAGUGGGAGUCCCUUCGCUUUGGUGAAUAUGGUGACCAACGGCAGUGCAGAGCUUGGGUGGGCCAGUGUGCUCUGUACAUAAUGAUCAUGACCUUUGAGAAAACUGUCAUCGUGAUAGUGCUUUUGAUACCUCAGUGGAAGGAGGUAGCUUUAUUGAAUCCUAUAGAGAAUCCCCAGCUGGAGCUGGCUAUCGUCAUGCUGAUAGUUCCCUUCUUUGUUAAUGCAUUAAUGUUCUGGGUAGUAGAUAAUUUUCUUAUGAAGAAAGGGAAGACAAAAGCUAAACUUGAAGAAAAGGAAGCAGGACAAGAUACAAGAAAUGGAAGUAAAGUCCGAUACAGAAGAGCAGCGUCACAUGAGGAAUCGGAGUCAGAAAUCCUCAUUUCGGCAGACGAUGAGAUGGAGGAAUCGGACGCUGAAGAGGACCUACGCAGAUUGACCAACUUAAAGCCCAUUAAGAAAAAGAAACAUCGUUUUGGUCUGCCUGUAUGACACAUUCCCUGACCUGUGUGUUUGCAGGUAUCAUGGCAAAAACUUCUCAGUCAGUGGGUCUUAAUGUUGCAAUUGCAUCUCCCUUUUCAUACAGACUGACUCAAAAACAACGUCUACCAACAGAAUGCAACAGUUGGAAGACUUUCAGUUCAGUUGCACUACAGACACACUGACCAGUUAUGCAAGAAUGUCUUUUCAUCAUGUGUGAAAACACAGUGUUGUUAAGGACUAGUUACUGAAGUGAUUUGUUUCUGACAUUUCGGAGAAGAUUACAGAAAACAGAUGCAGGAAUCUGUCAUUUAUGGUUUCUGAAUGAUGCAGUUUAAGAUGUUCUCAAAAAGACAUCAGAAUCAACUAAGUUAAAGGAGUAUGUUUUGCUACUAAAACUGGCUUUUGCAGCAUAAUUCCUAGAGCAGAAUAGUUUAUGGUUACAAGCUGUAACUUAAUGUUAUUUUUUUAAGUACAAAAUGUUUACUUGCUACAAGGUACCUAUGGAACUAAUAGGUAAAACAAAGAUUUUUUUUUUUUUUCCCAGGUCUCCUCAAAUCUAUUUGACUAUUUUAUAUUUAAGUUAUAUUUUCAUACAGUUAUAUUUAAAUAUUCUCUUUGUCAGAGAAAAGGAUGCAGUUCCCUUUUUUGUGCAGAAAAGGUCAAAAGAUUGGUCAUGAGAAUCUUAUUUAUCCUUGUCUCCUGGUUUAAGACAAAGGGAUUGCAAAGGGAAAAGCUCUCUGUCACUGCUAAAGUCACCAAAUAUCACUAAAAAUGCAGUACUACGUGUGCUUUUGAACACACAAUUUAAAAAUACAUUUUAAUAGGAGGUGUUACUUGCAUAUUUGACAAACGUGCACUUUAGCAUAUAACAAAGCAUCUGUUGUGAUAGGUUGCUUAUGUGUGAAACUGAUAUCUAAGGAUGACUUCAGUUAUUUAUGUUUCUUAAGAACCUGCAAGUCUCUCGUGCAUACCUCUCAAGUAAUCCAAAAGAGAUGAAACAGUUCUCCUUAUAUAGGGCCUGCCGUACAGGACUUUCAUCUGAUUGGAGUUGUUGGGCUACAAUAUUGCAAAUAGCUUUGUUCCUGCUUGUUCUUUGUUGAAACAGCAAUCUUCUAUUUAAUGUGGUUUCUAUCUUUUUUCCCCUAAAAGAUAGUAUUUCUCCUGUUUAGUUUCCUUAAAGUCUGAUUAUCCUUUAGUAUUAAAAAAGAGGGGUAUAAUAUAGUUGUUACUGCAUCUGCUGCAGAAUUUCUGCAGCUUUCAGUGUCUGUCUUCGAUAGCUGAAAACAUGCUGAUCUUAAACCUUGCAGACAUGUUUUCAGUGGCAUCCUUUGACCUUCCGUAUUUUCUAAACGGUGGUUACUCUUUCUGACAGCUUUCCUUGCUUAGUUAAACCUUCUGUAGGACAAGGCAACAUGUCAAAGAGGUGACAACAGAAAGUAAUUGCAACUCUGUUGUAGUAUCUGGACAUCAGAAAUGUUCCAAGCCUUAAACCAAACAGUUUCAUGAGAAAACUGCUCAGAACUUUUUAAGAUUUUUUACAUUUUUUAUAGAUUUACUAGGUCUUAAUGUGGUAUAGUAUCCAGACCACUUAAAUGGGGUUCUUGGGCCUUAGUAAAUAUUGAACUGUGCGCUCCCUUACUUAUUUUCACUUUUCCAGCAUUCCUUUUCACUGCGUGGCCACUGAGGUGAACAAAAUGCUCUGAGACUUCAGGUACGCCUCAGCGUGUCCAGCUGGCUAAAAGGGACAUUUUACCAAACCUGACGUUUGAGGGUUUAGUUGAGCCACUGACCUCUGUUACUGUGCACUGAAACGUAAUAACUGCAAUAAGCUUAAAUACUAGUGUUUCUUUUAGACUAAAUCUAGAAACUAAUGACUGGAUGCUUAAUUGAGUUACUCUGAAAUGGGAGGGAUGGGGAAAUGUCCCUAAUCAGUGUUGCCUCUAUUUUAGGCAUUUAGGGGGGUUUUCAUCAAUUGUGACUUGUGUCCACUCUCAAGUAUUUACCGUCGAGCAGGCUCAUAUCGCCAAAAGCACAGUACUUCAAGGAACUCAUUUUCAUUAACAGAAUACAGCUCACCAGUCCAAAGGGGUUUAAGAGCUGAGACUUGCUCUUGUCACAAAUGGCAGCAUUUUUUUUAUUUUAUUUAUUUAUUUUUUUUGGCAUAGGAUUUGUUCCAUUUCAGGUAGUGAAAUCAAACUAAUGCGUGCUGCAUGCUGCUGCACAGCCAUUACUACCCAUGUCUGCCGCCAGAGGUAAUUGAGCAGCGCACACAAAUUUAACUGCACAAGCUUUCGUUUAUCUUCCUUUCUCCCUCGUCUUCUCCGGUUACUUAGAUUAUGAAAAUGAUUUCUAUUUCUAGCCUCAUGUUUAGUCUGUGAAAUGUCAGUGUAAAAUUAUGGCCUUAAUCAUGUGAAAUAUUUGUUUUGAGCAGACCUCAAACUUACUGACCAAGUACAAAACAGUAUAAAGCACUAUGGAGCAGUUUCUUGAAGAUGGUUGUAGCAAAGUUAUAAGAAUGCCUAAUUUUUCUUGUCUUAAGUGCUUAAAUAUCACUUGAUCUGAGAUUUUAAUAUGCCUAGCAAAAUGACGUAGUAAAAGCACUAUGAGCCAAAAAGACAGACGUAUUCUGAAUACCACAGUAAUAACAGGAGGAGCAUAUCUCCACAGGGGAAAGAACAACUCUUCUAGGAUAAAAAUUUCAUUUUCAGCUUUACCAAAUAACAAAAACUGUUGUUUUUUCUCGUCAGGUUUUGUUCUUAUGUGAAAAAGACGUGGAAAAGGAAAAAUUGGCAGGUUGCCUCUUUUUAAGAUAGAAAUCAGAUAUGGGAUGAAUACCAGAACUCUUGCAGUAGGUACAGGAUUACGUGCUUUUGUCUGAAGAGCUUGUAUGUCAGAAGAGGAAACAUAUGCCUAGUGCUUUACUAUGUCUUGCUGCUCAAUGACGAGUAUCGGCAGUGCAGUCUGAAAUACUUCUUUUUGUAAAGAAUUGAUUUGGUAAUCAAAUUACAAUACGGUGGCCUUUGUGUUAUCCUCGCAUUGGCACUCUAAGACAACUUGUUGCAAAGGUUUAAUUCAGGCUGUUCUUUAAAAAGAAAAAAGUAAUCCUAUUUAAUUAAUGCAAAUAAGCUACGUAGUGUGCCUCAAAGUAAGAGAAAGGGAUUGCAACGUACUGAAGAGAUACAGAAAUAUUAGUAGAGAUCAAGUUUACCCUGAAUGGUCAACCUAUGUGUUUUAACUGGUUCUAGUAUCUGGCCUGUGACACAUCUGCAUAAAUUUAAAAACACCGAUGUUGUCUAAUAUGUGGUUUUCAAGUUCCAGCUUUAGUUCAUUCAGGUCCCCCUUGUCUUACUUUAAGUAGGUAAAAUGCUGUAUAUUAACGUUGCUGGCUAAAAUGUACGAAGCUUUUCUUCAGGGAAAACUCAAACUGAGUUGCAAAUUAGAGCAAUGCAAAGUGUACGCGAUACCCUGCGGCAGGUGUCUGCGCGAUUCCGGCGGUGCCUGGCGAGGGAGGAGCGGUCCUCGCUGGCACCCGCUCUGCUGAGAGCUGAGUGUGGCAAGGAAUUCCUGCCGCUGUGCUCCACUAACCCAUGUGUGCAACCUUGCUGGGGUUUUUUUUUGUUUGUUUUUUCUUUCCUUCCCCUCUCUCCCAGGAGAAAACAGUAAUGAAAGUGGACAAAUCCAGCGACAUCAGGUCGGUCAGACCUACAGCAUAGGUGUGCAAACUUUUUUUUUUUAAAAAAAAAAAAGGUAUUUCAAGUUUCCAGUUCAAUUACUGAAAAUGGUUACUAUGGUUUUACAAAGUAAAACUGCAGUAUGUUUAGAAAGGGACUCUCUUUGUAGGUGUGUUUGUCUUGCGUGGGUAUCCGUCUCAAAUUGAAUGUUGGGUUUGUUUGUAAGUAAAUUCAGAGUAGAGCCUGUGUGAGCAAAACCAACAGCUACGUUCUGCUGCCCUCUGUUUGGACCAUACUGUUUAAUCAGUGCUGUUACCUUAAACUUCUAAGGGUAUCUGAUGUAACUACGUUGUAUAAUGGUUUACAAUAAAGUUUGACUUAUUACAGA